CUCACCUUUUGUUGACAGUUGUUAGUCGAUUGCAGUUGAUCACAUCUUACUCGCUCAGGCAAGGGUCAAUUGAUUCCCGAUUUACCUGAAACUAUUGGUGUCUAACGAUAUCGGCAAUCGAAGGGUUCACAAAUAGACACUGAAAAAACAACACAACAGCAUGAAAAAGAAAUUUAUUCACAUUUGACUUGGACACCUGCCAACAUGAAAGGCUGAGCUACCUUUGAGGAAAUUAAUUUAAUUUGAGGGAUUUAUUGGCAGCAGGAAGAACAGAUCAAUGAUGUGCUUCACAGUUAAGAUGGACUAUAUAGACUGGUACUGAGAUAUGGGAGAAGAAGAGGGGAUAGAGGUGCGCUUUACUCUACCAGUAAAUUUUGACCCUGAAAAGGAGCGUGAGAUUACCAAAAGUCUGUUGAAAUGUAGUGAAAAUGUGGAGCAACAACUGUUGCACCCACCAGUCCCAAUACUGUACAAUAGCUGGGUAGAUGUUCUAGGUGGAUGGGUUAUCGAACCAUCAAAAACUGUUGAACGGGUGCCAAAGAAAAGGAAAACGAAGAAACCAAUUCCAGUGAAUGAGAACAAGACUGACAUUCAAGGAGAUUACCGAAACAGUAAUUAUAAUGAUUUCAGCAACAGUGGGAAUUUAACCUCGCGCUCAGAUGAAGAUGUGUGGCCUGGGUAUGUCCCAGACUGGAAAGCCGGAGUCGAGGCUCACACUUAUCGUUAUGUUCCUAAUAAUGGGAAGUACAGAGCGAGGAAGUUUGCAAAGUCAUAUGGUGGCCCACCGACUAAAAUACAGAGACACGUGUACGACAGGCCAGUCGUUCUUUCCAUGGAACAGAAAGUCUUGCAAAAAGAAAUACAACGGGAUCUGCGCAGGGAGUUUGAGCAGUAUGAGAUGCAAAAAAUCAAAACGACUGUUGAGCAGAAGGAGAGCAGCACAAACAAUGUUGAUAGUGGAAGGACUAAAAAGGGGCUCAGUCCUGUUACCAAGGAUUUGAAAUUUCAAAGACCAGGCAGUCCUCGAUCCAAAUCUGCCUCGGAUAGUGAUACGCCUGCCAUAUACUUGCCAAUGAUGGGGAAAACUGUGAGUGAGAACUUCAUCGACAAAUUUACCACAAAAAUAUCCAUAUUUGAGGAGGAAGUUCGCUCUGAUCUGAAAAAGUUCAACAAAAAAUCUGGAAAUUCAGAUGGUGAUAAGAUAGACAACACAGGGUUCCGACUCGGCAGAUUAAAAAGUGAUAAGUCAAAAUACAGUGGCAAAACUCCACAAAAAACUGAGCAGCUGGCUCAGGAGACUUUCUCUGUACGUCAAAUUUAUAACUCUGACAAAUCGUUCAAACAUGGGCGAAGUAAGGACUUGCAGCAAGAAGCAAACAUUGGUGCAGUGGCCGGUGCUAACAAUGCAAGACAUCAGUUGCACAACAGAUUUAUGGGGGACAUGAUCACGGUACCGCUGUCAAAUAUCUCAUCUCCAGAGACCCCACAGGGGGCUGGCUAUGAGGAAAUCUCUCCCUGGUAUGAGAAAGAAAGAAUGUGGAUGAGGGAUUUUGAUAAUGGUAGGCCCAAUAGUAACCAUAUUCCAGAUACCAAACUUCUUGAAGGAUCUCUGACCGCUACACGAUAUUGUGUUGGCGUUGGACCCCGGGGAGACACAGGAGGAAGCAGCAAUAACAGUAGUGCUGACAGCAAGAGAAAGACUACUAAUGCACCAGGGUACAGCAGCACGAAAAGUGUGACGAACAGUUCAGAAAAACGCAAUACAAAACACAAUCGAUCGAAACAAAAACAGCCAACAAAGUCAGGUAUUAAAGAAGAAGCAAAGGGCGUAAUCCUGGACACAGAUGAUUCGAGCACGAAAUUCAUUCUGAAUGGUUUCCAUGCUGCUCCUCUUGGGAUUUUAAAAGAUAGAGAAAUGACUUUAAGUGACAAGCCAGACACGUUAAAUAACCCAUUUAAAGGUAAUAUUCUACCUCAGAUCUCUGGGAAAAGAAUUGAAGUUCCUGUUGGUUCAAACAAAGUCAUGUAACUGCCAGGCCGUUUGUAAAUUUGGCUAUAGAAUACUAGUAUGUUGUACUCUGCAUAGCUGACUAUGGUAAAAACAAGCCUUUAGGUCUCUUUCCGUAGUAGCUCAGUUUUUAUCAAAGACUGAUUCAUUUUGGCCUUGGUAUUUUCAUACAUGAAUUAUACUGACUUUCUCAUUAUUAAGCAACUCAAAUGAUAUA